CCGCACUUUGAGGAGAGUUUUCCGCGGCCGCGCUGCGCCCGGAGCGUCGGAUGCGCGAGGCGGCGCCGGGAGCGAGCGGACCGAGUCAGGAGUAAAAGAACCGUGACCCACAGGAACCAGGGACGACGGCAAAGGGAGCCCGGUGCCACCGUGGGACCUCCUCCUCCUCCGCCUCCUCCUCUGGAUGUUAUGGCUGCAAUGCUGAAUCCGCCAGGCCUGCUGACUAUGCCCCGGAGCCCCACCUCCAGCGAGGAUGAGAUGGCCCAGAGCUUUUCUGACUACUCCGACGAGUGCGCGUCCGACAGCUCCCGCGAAGAGACCAUUUACGAGACCAUAAAGGCCACGGCCGAGCCGCCGCAGAGCCGCAUGGACGACGUUCACACCAACUCGCUGGUCGUCCGUGUCCUCAUCCCAGACCUGCAGCAGACGAAAUGCAUGCGCUUCAACCCAGAUGCAACAGUGUGGGUUGCCAAGCAACGCAUCCUGUGUACGCUCAACCAGAGUCUGAAAGACGUGCUCAACUACGGGCUCUUCCAACCGGCGAGCAACGGGAGGGACGGGAAGUUCCUGGACGAGGAGCGUCUCCUUCGAGAGUAUCCUCAGCCGAUCAGCAAGGGCGUCCCGGCUCUGGAGUUUCGCUACAAGAGCCGAGUCUACAGGCAGCCCAACGUGGACGAGAAGCAGAUUGCCAAGCUUCACACCAAGGCAAAUCUGAGGAAGUUCAUGGACCUCAUCCAGCACAAUCAGGUGGACAAAGUGUCGAAGAUGCUGGAGAGAGGCUUCGACCCCAACUACCAGGACAGUGACUCUGGUGAGAGCCCGUUGACCUUCGCCUCCCACCACGACAACGUCAUGGACUUGAUUAAAGUGCUGAAAAGUGGCGGCGCCCACCUGGACUUCAGGGCCAAAGACGGCAUGACGGCGCUUCACAAGGCGGCCAGGUCCAAGAACCACGUCACGCUCACGACGCUGCUGGAGCUGGGGGCGUCUCCAGACUACAAGGACAGCCGAGGUCUGACCCCCCUGUACCACAGCGUGGUGGUGGGGGGGGAGCCGGGCUGCUGCGAGCUGCUGCUCAACCACCACGCGUCCGUGUGCUGCCAGGACGAGAACGGGUGGCAUGAGGUGCACCAGGCGUGCCGCCACGGCCACGUGCAGCACCUGGAGCACCUGCUGUUCUACGGAGCCGACAUGAGCGCCCAGAACGCCUCUGGGAACACAGCUCUGCACAUCUGUGCCCUGUACAACCAGGAUAAUUGUGCCCGAGUGCUGCUUGUUCGUGGAGCUGACAAGGAAGUGAAGAACUACAACAGCCAGAGUCCGUUUCAGGUCGCCAUUAUCGCUGGGAACUUCGAGCUCGCUGAACUCAUCAAGAACCACAAAGAGACCGAUAUCGUGCCUUUCCGCGAGGCUCCAGCCUACUCCAAGCGCCGCCGGGGCCCGACUUCAGGGAACGGCCAGUCCCCGUCCUCGCUGUCGGCACCGCGCGUCCUCCUGCGCUCCAACAGCGACAACAACCUAACGGUCAGUCAGUACCAGCAGCAGCAGCAGCACUGGGCCCCGCAUCCGCAGCAGCACCAACACACCCAGACCCACGUGCAAAGGGGCCCCCAGCCGGGCCACUCGCAGCCUGGCUCCUCAGCAUUACACCGCAGCCUGUCACCCCAGCUGCUCCAGCAGAUGCCCAGCGGCAGCCCCAAUGGCAACGUGGUGGUUCGGACCAUGGGGAGGGGGGCGAGGAGCCGGUCGCCCUCCCUCAGCCGGCUGGGGGAGGAGGCUCGACGGGCCCACCCGACUCAGCGCCAGCCCAGUCCCAGCGCUCACGGCGACGGCGUCGGCACCAGGAGGAAGCUGUACAGCGCUGUUCCUGGGAGGCACUUUGUGGUGGUCCGUCCGUACACCGCUCAGGCCGACGGGGAGAUCAGCCUGUACAAGAGCGACAGGGUCAAAGUUCUGAGCAUCGGCGAGGGGGGCUUCUGGGAGGGCAGCGCCCGCGGCCAGGUGGGCUGGUUUCCAGCCGACUGCGUGGAGGAGAUCCCGGCCAAGGCCACCGAGGAGAGGAGCUAUUCGCGGGCCGACCGAGCGGACAGAAGGAAGCUCUUCCGACACUACACCGUGGGCUCCUACGACAGCUUCGACGCCUCCAGCGACUGCGUGGUGGACGAGAAGACGGUGGUGCUCCAGAAGAAGGAGAACGAGGGAUUCGGCUUCGUGCUGCGAGGGGCCAAAGCGGACACGCCCAUCGAGGAGUUCACUCCCACACCUGCCUUUCCCGCCCUGCAGUACCUGGAGUCGGUGGAUGAGGGAGGAGUAGCAUGGCAGGCGGGGCUCCGGACGGGAGACUUCCUCAUCGAGGUGAACCAGGAGAACGUGGUGAAGGUGGGCCACAGACAGGUGGUCAACAUGAUCCGCCAGGGAGGAAACCGGCUCCUGAUCAAGGUGGUGACAGUGAGUCGGAAUCUGGACCCUGAGGACACGGCGCGUAAAAAAGCUCCUCCGCCACCAAAGAGAGCCCCCACCACCGCCCUGUCCAUGCGCUCCAAGUCCAUGACCUCUGAACUGGAGGAGCUCGUGGAUAAAGCCACUCUAAGGAAAAAGAAAGGUGAUGCGCAGAAGAAGAGGAUUGUAUUCCAAGUCACUCUAAACAAGGUCGAAGAGAUGACGCACGCCCAAAAGGCCUCGCCUGUAGACAUGAAGAUUGCCACGAUCAAACCACGUCCAUCCAGUCGCUGCCUGGUUUCAGCUUCUGACGUGAACUCCAUGUAUCACGACCGGCAGGGAGUAGCAGUGGUGCCCCCCACGGUGCCAGGAGCCUUCCUGGGGAUACCCGAGAAGGGCACCAUAAAAAAGCAAAAAUCAAUAGGUACCACAGAGGAUGAGAAACAGGGAUAUCUUACCCCUCCCCUACUCAAGUUCUCCCGCAGCCUCUCUAUGCCUGACACUUCUGAGGACAUCCCUCCUCCUCCAGCCAUUUCACCACCUUCUCCACCUGCCUACAACUCAGCUGCUGGACCUACAACUAAGAGCUACGGAACAACGCGCCCCAGCUUCACCCAAAACUCUCCAAAUGCAGUUACAACCAUUAGCCGAACCACCGAUGUCGGGACGUUAAGGAGGGGCUACUUCCGGCAGAGCUCAGAACAAUUUGACAGCACACGCACCCGAGGGCGCACGCCAGUGCCCGAGAACCCUUACUCCGAGGUGGGCAAUAAGACCCUGUACGUGCCAGCGAAACCAGCCCGAAGGAAGGGUAUGUUAGUAAAGCAGUCCAACGUUGAGGACAGUCCAGAAAAAACGUGUCACAUGCCAGCAAGUCCCUCCAGUCCGGUGUCCAUGCCCACUACGCCCGUAGAACGAACUUGUUCCUCAAUCCCAAUCCCCACCAUUAUUGUGAAGGAGCCUUCCACCAGCAGCAGUGGCAAGAGCAGCCAGGGUAGCAGUAUGGAGAUUGAACCCACUACACCUGAACACCCACCUCUUACAGCUGCUGUAGGUGGAGGCUUGCGCCCUGACGAUCCUAUGUCUCUAAGCAAUCCCUUUGCGGCAGCUAUUGCCGGGGCAGUGCGGGACCGGGAGAAGAGACUAGAAGCGAAAAAGAACUCAAUUGCUUUCCAGUCGAUAGACAUUGGUGACGAUGAACUGAGUGGUCCUACACCAACCCCUCGUCUUCGCCAGUCAAAGUCUAUCGAUGAAGGCAUGUUCAGUAGCGACGAGAGACUACGAAGGAUACUGGCCCCUCCAACCACAGUCAAACUGGGGCCUCCCAUUGGGGGUGGUAGUGGCAACGUGACAGAUUUUAACACUCCAGAGCCCACAGUGGUGAGGGAGCCUCUAAACACCCGAACAGGCCAGUGUCCCAACCUAGACAGUCCUGUUAGCCUCCCAUCAACUCCUCCUAAGAGCCACUACAGGGCCAAUGGCACUUACCUUCAUCCUGUCACUGGCAAGCCCUUGGACCCUAACUCUCCUUUAGCUCUGGCUCUGGCAGCUCGAGACCGUGCUAUAAAAGAGCAACAAAACCAUCCUCAGAAUCAGUCACCAAAUCCUCCUCAGGUUCAGCACACGCCCAAGCAUGAAGCCCAGUCCCUUCCAAUUCAGCCAAGUCAUAAACCAGACCUCAACCAGCCGCUGUUCAUUGACACCAAACUACGAUCUGGGAUUGAGACGAGUUUUGCUGCCAUUUCCACAGCAACAAUGGGUCGUCCUGGCAGGGGUGCCAUGCGGAGGCAAAUGACUGAGCAUAAAUAUGAGUCUGACGGAGCCCGGGAAGAGCGACAGCAUCAGGCAGUUGAGGAGAGGAAAAGUGCCCCCGCAGAUGUAGGAGACACGCCCAAGUCUGCUGGUCUUUUGAUGGUCCACACAACAACAGAAAUGGGCAACAAGAUGAACAACCAGGAGGCAGAUGGUCAGGACAGCAAUAGACCCUCUGAGCUGAAGGACCCCAACCAACCCGAUCCUCAAACACUGUCCAUCAACCCCCAGCCAUCCAUGUUACGGAGAAGAAGCAUCCCCUUGGGCGACUCUAUGGAUGAACCAGUAAAGCUGCCCUUCCGGAUCCCACCUCCACCCUUGGCAUCAGUUGACAUUGAUGAGGAAUUUGAAUUUGCAGAGCCCCUGCCACCGCCGCUAGAGUUUGCCAAUAGUAUUGACAUUCCUGAUGACCAGGCUAGUGCCAUUGCAGCUAUGCUGCAGCAACAGAGGCGAAACGGGGGACCCCCUCUACCCCCAUACCAUCCUCAUGCCCCACCACCUGUCACUGAUCAGCACAAACGGGUGACCAAUAACUUGCCCCCGUCAUAUCCUCCUCCUCCACCUGACGCAGAGUCAGGGGUGGGUGACUCUGGCAUUGAAGAGGUAGACAGCCGCAGUAGCGGGGAUCCUCACCACAUGGACACCACCAGCACCGUUUCAAGCAUCUCGACCCUGUCUUCAGAGGGAGGCUUCUGCGACAGCGCUCUGGAGAGCCUUUACGCCACCGCAGACGGCCAUGCCUUCCUGGUGGAUCGCCCCCCUGUGCCACCCAAACCCAAGGGAAAGUCCGUCAUCAACAGAACAUCACUUUAUCAUGAUGCUCUCAUUGAAGAGCCCCCAGAGUCCUACGGGUCGCCGCCUCAGGCCCCUCCCCCGUCAUCCUCAGAACCUCCUAGGACUCCUACUCAAAGGACAUCCAAGCUGUGGGGCGAACAGGCCCCUGAGCUGCGCAGCCCCCCAUCGACACCAGACAGCAAGAACACCGUCAUUACUGAGCUGAGCUCCAUUCUGCAGCAAAUGAAUCGCGACAGGCCACCCAAGCCUGGAGAAAGCCUCGACUCCCCCACAGGCACCAGGGGGACCUUUGGAACGAGACCUCCAACAGAAGACUCAGGAAUGCGUAGCAACGCUGCCGCUGCUGCCGCCCUCGCCUCCACCCCCCCCAGCAGCCUCCCGUCCCAGACGCUCCCCUGCAGCCCGCCGGACUCCGGCUCCUCCCUCACCCCCUGCUCCUCACUGCCGCCCUCCGUGUCGCCCACCCUCACCGACGUUUUCAGCCUGCCCACCCCGCCCAUGGGCAGCGGCGGCGCCUACAGCCUGAGCUCCUCGUGCGGCGGCAGCGGCAGCUCCCGCUCGCCGUCGCCGCUCACGCUGAUGCAGGCGGUGGCGGCCUCCGGCAAGCCCUUCGCCUCCAAGCCCAUGGAGCUGUGGAACAAGCACGACGUGGCCGACUGGCUGGAGAGCCUGAACCUGGGGGAGCACAGGGACGCUUUCCUGGACAAUGAGAUCGAGGGCGCCCACCUGCCCUCGCUGCAAAAGGAGGACCUGAUAGACCUGGGCGUGACGAGGGUGGGCCACCGCAUGAACAUCGAAAGGGCCCUCAAACUGCUGCAGGACAGAUAAGCCAGGAGGGGACGGGCUGGCGACGCGGGGGCUGAGGGCUGAGGGGAGGGGGGUUCAGGAGUUUGUCUGAGCUGAUGCUGCCUCUUGCUGUUUUGUCCUCUCGCAUCCUCAUUCUCAGCGCGCCAGUCUUGCCCUCCCUCCUCCUCCUCCUCCUCCCCACUGUCCCGAGCAUCAGAGGGAUCAUGGGACGUCUGGAGAAACUGCAGGGGCAGAGAGAAGAGAAGAGCUGCUAUAUCACAUUAAGGCGAGAGAAGCCAGAGGAAGCCAGUUGGAAGGACUGUCCAGAAAAAGAACUCUGGGACAGUCUGGGAAACUGAUCUGAAUAAAGACGUGUGCUCACCCAACUGCUUUGGAUACUAAAGACUUUUUCCAUGCACCCCAGUGCGGGCGUAUGAAAACCAGCUGAGCUGGUCAUUGCUCCUUUUCUAUCUUUGCUAGAGUUUGUUCAGAGAUAAUAUUUCUUCACUAGAGUCCUACCGGAGUUAUAUUUCUGGGUGCAUCUGAGGUUGUAGAGAAAACAUUUGAGAUAGAUGCCUUUUCUUUUUUUUUGCUUUCACCCAUUUGUGUCGAUAUAAGAACAUUAGCUGACAUGUUUCAACUCUUAUGAAACCAUAUCACGUGUCCAUGCGCCCACACGCGCACACACACACACACGCGCACUCGUUAUGCACAACGCACACUAAGUACACGCACGUCAGCAUGUGCACACACACACACACACACACACACACACACACACACACACACACACACACACACACACACACACACGCGCACACACACACACACACACACACACACACACACACACACACACACACACACACACACACACACACUGCAAUGGCCUUCUUCCUGAGAGAAAGCAAAGCCUGGAGAGGAGGAGCUCUGCUGCAGCCAGUCAGGUUCCACCUCAUGAUCCAGGACAGGAGGUGUGAGGCGAGACACGGUGGCGCCAACAUGUGUCGCUGCAGUAGGCCUCCUUGUCCUCUCCCGGCUCUUCCUAUAGUUCUGUGCGUGUGCGUUGAUCAUUGACCCAGUUCAGCUUCUUCCGUGGAUCCAGGAUUUAUAAACAUACUAGGGAAGCUAGAGCCGGUCUUCUGUGAUUCACUCCGUCAAACCCCCUGACAGCAGCUCGGCGUGAGGCGUAACUGCCCCCACAGCGAAGCUACUGGGAGAGAAAGACACCGUGUGAUGUUGAGGUUCAUGAAAGCAAACGUUAGAAAUGAGUUGAAAAGGUCAUUCAGCAUUCUGGGGAAUGUUCUCAUUCGCUUUCUUGCUUUCCUGAGUUAGACAAGAGCAGCACCUCGUGUCUGUUAACAGCAGGGCCGACAUGAAAGGGAUCUGGGUUCUCACGAAAUAACCAACACAGCAAAGACUGUCAGCGAGGAGCCGGCAGGAGCGGAGACGCGGUGACGUGGCUGCGAUGCUAAUGUAAAACCAUACGGGGUCAGAACCAGGUGUGACCCAGGACACGAGGCUACGUGUUGGCGUCUUUGCACAAUCCACCAAAUCCCUUAAUGUUCGUCUCCUUAGGUGACGUUUCCAACUGGAACCAUGUUUUAUAGCAAACAGACGCAUGGGUUUUAUUGAUGCUGCUCCUCAUCUGCUCCAACUCUCAGCAAGAAAGCGAUUUAGCACAUUUUCAGUUUGGAUGCAUAUCUCAUCGGCAGCCUAAUAAUCAGGAAAUCAAACUCAGUGGUUGAUAGUUACGGAGGAGUUAAUGACGUUUUCUAUUUAGCUCAAGAGCCACACCAACAUUUUGUACAUUGUUCUUUGUUAAUAAAAAAGAUUUUGAUAGAUCCAGAACCGUCGAACAGCAUCACAGUUGUUCCAGCUGUUCUGAGAUUUAAAACAAAUAAUCAAAGUCCUGCUUUGGACGGAAGCUUUGAGCAGCUUGACAUGUCUGGAGAAGGCUUGUUACUAAACCAACCAGUACAAACAGGGUUUACGGCAGUAAGGGUCCGAUUGAGAACAAAUCAGCUUUUAUAGAGAUGGUCCUUUAUGUGUUUGCUGGUCAGAUGUAGAAGUGCAGUAAGUGUUGAAAUGUGUAUAUAAGAGUGUUUAACUGGAUACAAAUGUCUAUUGAUUACAUGUACAGCUCUAUGAAAAGGUUUAGAGAGGAUUCAGAGAGGAACAGAAAUAUGGAGGUGGUCUCAUCCCCCGACAUCCUGCAGAGGACGCCUUAAUAGCCCGGUGUUCCCUCCCCCACCGCUCGCACCUCUACAGAGGAAGCCUCACCUGACGUCUGGGAGCAGAAAGUGAUGUACGUGACGUCAGCCAGCGCUCGCCCUCAUCUGGGUUCACGUCCCACGCCACAGCUUUACGUAGGCGCAGCUCUUGGAGGAGACACAAGCUCUGUGUUCUGUGAACAUUAGACGUACGGAGGCCGGCACGGGACCAUGCUGCUAUAACCCUGCUCCUGUUUCAACGUGUUCUUACUUCUUUUCAAACCAACAGCAACGUGACAGAGAGACUAGAAAAGCACAGUAUUUUUCAAGAUUUGUAUAGAGUUCUAUGAAAUUUUAUAGAGGUUACCUGAACAAAAAACUGAAUCGUGGAUUGCCAAAAACAGAAAUACUAUAAUAUGGAUAUUAUUAGACUUAUGGUUAUGUAAGAAGCAAUAUUUAUUCUGAAUGAAUCUCCUUGGUUGUGCUUUUUUUCCCAUUUUAAAGUUACACAUCAUGAUUCAAUCAUUUGUCAGUGUUUUAAUGAAGUGUUAGAUACACUCCCUACUGCAGUAGUACACGUACAGUAAGAUAUUUGGCCACAGGACCCGGGUGUCGCCUGACGAUUACCAUCAUCUGACCCCUGAGUCAAGUGUGUGUUUGUAAAAAAAAAAAAUCUGUAAAUUUAUAAAAAUAGAUCUUCAGGCCAUCUUUGGUAGGAAAAUAUAUGAACCUAUAUAUGUGUAUACAUACAUGAGUCCACCAAAAGGAUUAGUGGUGGCUGUCGACAGCCAUGGGCACUUUUCUCUCUGUGGACAUGUAGAGCUGAGUAGAUGUAGGAAUCUUUAAAGAGCAUCACGGUGGCGUGACUCGCCUCACCAGGCCAUGUCUACAACGGCAUGACUCACCGACCCAUGUCCAUCCCCUUGAAAACACUGCUCCCACCUCAUCAUUGUCCAACAUUUGGGUUUUUUAAUUACUUCAUUUCUUUUUUUCAUGAAUAGAUUUUAUUCUUUGAUUAGGUCUUCAUAGAGGCUAAGAUGUUUUCAGUAAUUUGUGCAAAAACUUGUGUUCAUGUUUUCUAUGUUGCUGUAAUUUUGUGCUACUGAAUCAUCAUAGAGUCAACUAAUUACUGAAAUGAAAAGAGAGAGAUUUCCUGUAACUGCACUCUUUCCCUCCCCCUGCCACUUCAAAUCCUCAAAACUUCUUGUAUGGCAACCAAAAUUCACUGUAAGAAAUAAAUAUAAUAUUGCACUA